AUGGCAACAGAGAUAUUAUCGAUUGGCGUGAAGCCCGGAUGGAAGAAGGGAACAAAAAUUACCUUCCCAGAUAAGGGGAAUGAGCAGGUGAACCAGCUUCCUGCAGAUCUUGUAUUCGUGAUCGAUGAGAAGCCUCAUGAUGUUUGCAUGAGAGACGGCAAUGACCUGAUCAUAAACUAUAUAGUGUCACUAUCAGAAGCGCUGGGAGGGACCACUGUGGAUCUAAUUACACUGGAUGGGCAUAAUUUGUAA